AUGGGAGGCAUUGUUGAUAGAUCACAGUGUGCAACUAUUCACGAUGCCUCAACAGGAUCCGCGGACGAACUUCACGGGGACAUAAAUGCCAAUAUGGCAGCCCCUUCCUCUUCUCCAGUCCACUUCGACGAGGCAGUAGGGCCAGCCAACGACGUCCAAAUCGCAGAAGAUCGAGGAAUGCUUAACAAGGACCACUGUGUCAUAAUUCAGGGUCUCCCAGAGUCCUCCGCCAGUUCCCCCAGGGAACGAAUCGCUGCUGACUUAGAGCAAUUCCAGAAACUCCUAAAUGAAAUGCUGCAACCAACAGAAGAUGUCACAGUCCUAAAGGCGUUUCGUCUUGGUAGCCGUACAAAUGCCGCUCCGAAGACGCGACCAAGUCCCCUGAAAAUCGUCCUAGGUAGCAAUGACCAGGCGAAACUAAUCCUUUCCAGGCGUUUUCGAUUGAAGCAUUCCCAUAAAGGAGUGUUUUUUUUCAGCCGAACUACUCACCUGCCGAGAGAAUGAAACGCCGCGAACUUGUCCUAGAAUUGAGAACACGGCAAACCAACGGAGAAAAAAACUUGACAAUCUACAAAGACCGGAUUGUCAAACGACAUUCCGCUCCCCUCUGGAUCAUGCCGAUCCGAAUGACCGCAAAGUUACCCCAGUAGCCCGUGUCGGGGUUGAAAACAAAUCUCGCAUGAACUUGAAACUCAUAUUCAUGUAUACCAACGCUCAAAGUGUACUUUAAAAACUGGACGAACUCCGUAUCCAUACCUCUGACCUCCAUCCAGACGCUAUGUCAAUAACAGAAACAUGUUUGUCCGAACAGAUUGAUGAUAGAGAGCUCAUGCUCCCUGGAUAUCAACUGUUCCGCCGAGACAGAGAAAACAAAAGGGGUGGAGGCAUAGUAACAUUUGUUAGGAAUGGCUUGCACGUUUCAGAAAAAAACUGCCCAACUGACUUGUAGUACCGAAGCAUUAUGACUGACCAUAAGGGCACCGGGCUCUCAAAGUCCUGAUAUCUUGACAGUAUAUCGCCCCCAGAGAAAUGACCCUGACGCUGAUGCCCAACUGCUGGAGGAGCUCAGAUUAUUUUCAACGCGGCCGACUACUCUCAUCGUUGGAGAUUUUAAUGCUCCUCACAUCAACAGGAGCUCGGCCUCAGCCGACUGCUCUGAAGCAGCAUUUGACCAGCAGCUACUGCGUACCUCCGACAACCUGCUUCUCACACAACACGUAAUGUUUCCAACGAGAGUUCGAGAGGGCCAACAGAUGAACUGCCUCGAUCUUGUGUUCAACAAGUCGUCUGACAACAUCGACGUUGUGAAUUGCCUCCCUCCGUUGGGUCAGAGUGACCAUGUAGUUCUCAUGUGGGAAUACACAUUAUUCUCGCUGCCUGCACAACCGCUCGAUUCCCGACCUAAUAUUUGGCGCGGCGAUUUCGGACAGAUGAAAAAGGAUCUUAGUCCUAUCGGCUGGGCAUCCACUCUCUCCGGCGAUGUCAAAGAGGCUUGGUGUCAGCUCAAAGAGUUAGUCCACAACCUCAUCUGCAACCACUGCCCAGUCAUGCGCAGAAGACUAACAAAUAGACCUCUCUGGUUGACUCCGUCCUUAAAGAAGGAAGUUAACAAGAGGAGGAAGCUAUGGAAAAGAUCGCUGACGGAUCGCGCGCCAGAAUCCCUAAGCAGUUAUAAGUUACAGGGAAAUCGGGUCAAAAUUCUCAUCGCCAGAGAUAGGAAAGCUUUUGAAAAUAAUCUCUUGGACCAUGCCAUGAUUAAUCCAAAAAUCCUUUACAGCUACAUAAGACAGAGCACACGGAACAAAGAUCCUGUCCCACUGCUGCGAACGGCUGAGGGUGUGGAAAUCUCCGAUGACAAGGAUAAGGCUGAACAUCUCUCUCAGUUCUUCCGAUCAGUCGUGUCAAGUGAACCUGCUUUUUCCUCACCCGCUUAUGAAGACGAAGGAACGCCUACCCUCGAAGCCGUCUUCUUCACCGAAACAAUUGUUCGGAAUGAGUUACUAAACCUAAAAGAAUCGACCUCCCCAGGCCCUGAUGCAAUCCCGGCCAAGCUGCUGAAGGAGCUAGCUCCCGAAAUGUCCAAGCCGUUAGCCUUGAUCUUUCAAACGUCAUUCGUUACUGGAUGCCUGCCAUCUGACUGGAAGUCCGCUACCAACACUCCGCUUUUUAAGGUUGGAAGUCGUGCAUCUGCGAAUAACUACAGGCCAGUGAGUCUUACCUCCAUCUGUUGCAAAAUCAUGGAGAAGAUCAUUAAGAAGGCCUCGGUGCAGUUCCUCAAGCAGCACCAUCUCCUUUCCGAUGCCCAACACGGCUUUCGACGUGGUAGAUCCUGCCUCACGAAUCUGCUCUUUACGCUUGAACGCUGGACCAAAGCACGUGAUGAAGGCAAUGUGGUGCACGCCAUCUACAUCGACUUCAAAAAGACUUUCGACUGCGUUCCUCACCAACGUCUCUUGUACAAACUGUGCAACGCUGGAAUUCGUGGACGCCUUCUUGUAUGGAUCCAGAGCUUUUUGGUUGGACGGUGCCAAAGAGUGCAGGUCGGGCGUCAACAGUCCUCAGAGGUAAGCGUGGUGAGUGGCGUCCCACAGGGCUCAGCCUUAGGUCCCACGUUAUUUCUCGUUUUCAUAAAUGACUGCGUCAAGGACCUAGACUGUGAUGCCAUCCUGUUUGCCGACGACAUUAAAUUGUAG